AAAUUAAGGUUGAAAUAUUUUUUUUUCUUAAAAGGGAAAAAAAUAGUGUGAUUGUAUUUGCAGCAACAUACACCACAGAAUAUUUACACUGAAGAUUAGAUUAAUUGAUGCCAUUUAAUGAUCCAACAAAGUACUUAAGGAAAAGAAGCUGGAGGGAUAGUAAGAGUAAACAGAAGUUGAAGAGAUUUCUUCAGUACAAGUACACUUGCAGUAAGUAUAUCUUAAUCCUUGUAGUUCUUGUUAUGAUUGAUUCCUGCCUGCAAGGCGUUUUUGUUCAUGAAGAAGAGUUUAAAACACGUAUCAUUGCACCAAAAUGUUGCUGUCAGUAUCCAGGGGAGAGAUGGAAAAAAGCUGACUAAUCUUACCCCUGCAUGUGGUACAAGAUCAACUGAGAAUUUGGGUAUUUAUGCAAUCAUUGCUUUACCUGCAUAUUUCAAACUUUUUUUUGUUUUGAUAUGUAUUUCAGCAUUUUUUCAGCCAUUAGAGAAAUGUGUGCAAAAAAUAUAGCCCUUUUAAAACGAAAAGAAACUGGUUUACAACAUGUUGCUUGUAAGCAUUUGUGAUGUUUUAAGAAGGUAUAGCAAGACAGUGAGUACCAAGCAAACCUAAGGCAUUGUAAAUAUUGAAGUGGUAAGGGUUUUUUAAAAUCCCUUUACUGAAAUAUACUGUAAUUCUUCGCAGUUAUCACCAGGUGGCAAUAUCAUGACCUUAAAAGUCUCGUUUUUCUGAAGUGGGAACAGAUAUGAGGAAGUGAUGUAUCCUUGUGCAACCGUUCCAGGAAACAGUUAGUUUACAGUCCCCAGAAAGGUUCAGAUUUCCGUCUAACUUCGUCUUUUGUGUACAGAGCUAUAGCCAGUAUUGAAAAUAUUACUUAAGCCUUCAGUUUUCCAUCCAAACUGUAUCAGUUAACUCUUUUUUUUUUUUUCCUUUUUUUUAAGAACUUGGGUUGUCAGUAAUUCAUGAUGAAGAGCCUUUGUUUGUCUCUGUUACUUGUCUCUGUCCUGUUUAUGAACAGCUUAUUAGAAGUGCAGGGGAAAAAAUGGAAAGGUGAAGGUACAACGCUAAACCUGGAAAGCAUUGUCAUUGGAAGAUGCUAUGACUAUAUUAGACUUGUGAAUCCUGCUGUUGGUGAGAAGAAUUGUUCUGAGAUAUGGGAAGCGUUUAAAAAUGCAUUUAUUAACAAAGAUCCUUGCAGCAUUCUACCUAAGGACUAUGAAUUAUUCAUCAACCUGUCUUUUCACCCAAUUCCACCUAACAAGUCUCUCUUCUGGGAAAAUAAUCAGCUGCUAGUCAACAGCUUUGCUGAUAGAGGCCGUCGCUACAUGUCUCUGGCUGAUACUCUGUUUGGCUUCCUUGGAGAUUUUCUAAACUGGUGUGGGCAGGCAAACAGCACUGGACUGGACUAUGAAUCCUGCCCUACCACAGAGGAGUGUGAAAACAACGCAGUGGAAUCUUUCUGGAGGAUGGCUUCAAUCACUUAUGCGCAACACAGUUCUGGAGUAAUACAUGUCUUGUUGAAUGGUUCUGCAGACGGAGGAGCUUAUCCACAGCCAGGGUUUUUUGCAGAUUAUGAAAUACCUAAUCUACAGAAAGACAAAAUCUCCCAAAUUGUCAUCUGGGUUGUGGAUGAUAUUGAAGGACCAGAUAUAGAUUCCUGUGGAACUCAUACUGUAAAUGUAUUGGAAAACAGGCUGAGCACCCUUGGUUAUGAUGUCACCUGCACUGAUAAUUACAAAUCUGUAAUGUUCUUACUCUGCCUGGAUUAUCCUGAUGACUCUAAGUGUACCUUUUCAUCAUCUGCACCAGCAGCACAAAGAGGACCUGUAUCUUCAGACAGAGGAGGCAGCUGGAACAAGCUCAUGUUUGUUUCUUUUGUAGGCUUUUUGUUCAGAUUUGCUUUAGUGUACUAAGUUAAUCAACUGAAUCCAUAUCCUCCGUUUGCCUUAGCUGGCUAUAACUUUGGCUUCAACGAAUUUCUAACUGCAAUUUCACCUUUCUUCUGGGACUGGCAAACUGGCAUAUUAAAACCCUGCAUACUUCUGUCAAGAUACCAACUGCUCUUAGUAUCAAAAAUUAUUCUACUGCUGCUAGAAAGCCUCACCUUCCAUUUCCUCUUCUUGAAUAGAAGAAAUCCAUUGCUUUUUCCACUUAUCCUAUUCUCCAGAAUUAAACUGAGGAUAAUACUUCCUGUUCACAUAUUUCAGAAAGAAAAGUGAAACUCUGCCUGUCAAACAUCUCCCACACAGCUUACUUGUUCGUAAAAACAGUCCUAGCACUUGGCCUUGGAAACUAAGUGUCUGAUUAUCAUGUUUUGGUAAGGGAAAUAUGAAUUUGAAUGGGAGAGAGCUUAGAUUUCUCACCUGGUACAAGAUACAAUAGGUGAGACAGUAGAAAAUGGAAAAAUUAAACUCAUUUUUAUAAGUGGUCCAGUACUUAGGCCAAACUUAUUUGAAACUUUUGUACAGCAAGAUUCUGGCUUGCAUACAUUUUUUUACCACAUAAUAAUCAAUUGCUUCAUCAUCCACACAGCUGUUCCUCAGCUGGCUGUUUCCUGGCCACUGGUCAGGAAUACCAGGUGUGGAAAGUUCCACAGGUUUUCCACCAUGAUGUGAUGGUUGAUCACCAUGAUAUGAUUUAUGGCAUAUCAAAUUCAGACGAGAACGUGCCAAGUCAGACAUCUGUCUGCUUGCAGUGAACUCAGCUAGCAUUCUUCAGAAUAUAUUGAGGAGAGAGCAGAUGCCAUCUUGAAGGUCUCUUGAGUUACUUCUGUGAAUUAUCUAAGUGUUCCAGCUAGAUGCUCCUCUAAACCACCAGGACAUCCAGCUACCAAGAUGACAUAUAAAUCUUUGGAAAAAAAAUAGUUGUUCUAGAAAAGAACUUUAAGUAGAAUUCUGUUGCACAUUCUCGGUUAGCUUCUGUAUUAUUUAUUUGUGUUUGUAUUAGCUGGUUGUCAGGAAACUGGGAUAGGAUAUUCCUGUUACCUCAGUGUAACUGAUUUAGGACUCCAUGGUAGAUUUACAUCUAUUCAGUCCCUGGUACAACUAUACCAUGUUGUAUGUUUGAAAGAUAAAAUAUCUAAAAUAUGUUGUUGUUGCUUAUUUGUCUAGCUUCUUUCCUGUAAUCUUUAAUUUGGUGUUAAUGAAAAUCCAUGUAUAUUACACACAUAGUUGCAUUUGCUGCUGUCAUAGCCGGGUUUAGGCUCCAGCUUGAAGGAGUUUUGUGUCUUAGACACUUGCAAAAGUACUGAAAUCAGAAGUUACAGAUGUUUCUUAUAUUACACCUCAAAAUUGUUCCCUACCUCUGCUGGAACAUUAGUCCUUUGAUUAGUUCCGGCAACAUCCUCCUCGUUUCCAUUGCUUGUUUGAUGCUGUCCUUAACAGCCACUGCCAGAAUAAUAAAAGGUAUCUGUUUGCGACACAGGUACAUCUCAGAUAACUAAACCCAAGCAAUUUCGAUUAGUCUUCUGUUUGUCUGCAGCAGAUCACAUCAUGACACAUUUUGGACUGCAGGCUGUAGUGAUAGUUCAUCUGAGGCUCACAAAGAGGUGUCCAAGCCAUCGUUUGGUCUAGUGUUGUCCUACUCACUGAUGUGUAGAUUAGAGUGUGUGUGGGAUUCGGAGAAUAGCCUCAUACUGUUAACAAGCCAUGUGCCUCUUGAGCAACUUCUAACCACAAGCCAAGCAUCCCAGCUGUCCAGGUUCUGCUUUGCAGCCUAUGAAAGCUUUCCAGCCUCUGGAUGCAAUCACUCCAGCAACGCAGUCAGUUACAUGUAAUACCAAACACACUGUAGGAAGCACUAAAUAAUUCUGUUUAAAAAACAACAACAACAACAACAAAAAAGUAAAAUGCAAAGUAGGAUAGAUACGAUUCAAAUAAUUUGAGGUUAUUUAUGUCAUAACCUUAUAUCAAGAACAACACAUUCAGAAACCUCUUGCAGUGUUUUCUUAUUUCUAAUGUUCUUGCCUCUUUUCCCAUUACUUCAACUUGGUAGCAAAGACAGCAAUUGUCUUUCCAAUAUCUUUUGAAUGAAGUGUCUCAAAGUUGCUGGAAAAA